CUUUCCGUUUUUGUAUCAAUAUUUACAUAGAAAAUUGUCAACAAUUAACUGAUUCUGAUAAUAAGAAUUAAUUGAAAGAUUCUUUCAUUUACCUAAAUCAUUUUCUUUCUCUGGCAUCUUUUCUUUCAUUGUGAUGCCUUGGAUAGAAAAAAAAUUCUCAUGUUCUAAUUCAGUGUUUUUCGAUUGUUGUGAAAUAUGUCAACAUUAAAAGGGAGAAUUAAAGUUCAUUCUCACCUUUCCAUGUUGACCCGAUUAUUUGAUCAAUCAACAUUCACAUAUCAAUUUCACAUCAAUCAAAAUUUCAUAUCUUUCGAUUGAAAAAGGAAAUAUUUCAAGAUCAUUUUCCGUUCUUUCGAUAUUUUUUUUUCUUCUUUUUCUAUCUUCAGAAUAUUGAUUAUUUUUCUGUUACCUUUUACAUCUUGACCAUCAACAGUUAUCGUGGUUUACAUUCAAUGUCCUUCUCAGGGUUGACCUUUCGCUCUUAUGCCAAAAAUCAUCCCAAAUCACAUUCUCAUCUAAUUGCCUAUGGAACUUGUGGACCAAGAGAUAAUGGUCGUUUUAUAGAUUCUAUGGCCUUUCGAAUGGGUAUUAUUGCCGCGAUUCGAUCGCGAUCCAUGGAAAGUCAAGCGGUCGGCAUUAUGAUCACUGGAUCUCAUAAUCCAUCUGAAGACAACGGGAUUAAAAUGAUCGAUUUCAAUGGUUACAUUUUAGAUGAACCUUGGGAACCACUUUGCGUUAAAUUAGGAAAUGAAUCUGACCUUAAACUUGAAGCGGCGACUCAUCAUAUCAUCAAGAAGUUAAACCUUCGUAAUCCUGGCCUUGUGUUUAUCGCUCGAGAUUCAAGAGACACUUCAGAGAAAUUGGCCAAAUCAGCCUCAGACGGAGUUCGAUCAACUGAUUCGGCUGUUCGUGAUUUCGGCAUGUUAACUACUCCACAAUUACAUCAUAUUGUUUACUUCCAUAACAAAGGUCUACCCGAACCCACCGAAAUUGGUUAUUUCUUCAAGUUUAUCGGUUCGUUCAAAGAAUUGUGUUUCGGUAUAAACAAAAGUCCAGGUAAAUACACACCGAGAUUGAAUGUCGAUUGUGGUAAUGGUGUCGGUGGACUCAAAAUGAAAAAGGUCCAAAAUCAACUGGCCCCGUAUCUUUAUCUUAACCUUCACAAUACUGGUCCUGGUACCGUUAAUCAAGAAUGUGGAUCUUAUUUUGUUGAAAGUGAACUUAAAGAGCCGAUUGAUUGUCCAGUUAAUCAAGGUGAUCGAUGGUCUUCAAUUGGCGGUGAUUUUGAUCGAAUCAUUUAUUAUUAUAAGGAUAAAGAAAAUCAAUUAAGAAUAUUGAAUGGUGAUAAAAUCGCCGCUCUUUUUUGUCUCUACAUUAAAGAACUUCUUCUAUUUAGUGGACUUUCCGAUAAAGUGACCUUUCAAGUUAUCCAAACGAUUUAUUCUAAUGGGAAGACAUCACGAUUUCUGAGAAAAUAUGUCGGUGUUUCGGUUGAUUGUUCACUUCCUGGAAUUAAAAAUUUAAUGAAGAAAACUGAAAAUUCUGAUAUAUCAAUUUGGUUCGAGUCUAAUGGACAUGGGUCAGUAUUUUACAACGAAAAAGCUUACAGAGUGGUCAAGAGUGCAGUCGAAACUGAUUCAACUGGAUCAGCUGAUUUAUUGAUGAAAAUUUUCCAUUUAAUGCAUCAGAGUACCGGUGAUGCUUUUUGUAAUCUCCUUUUAAUCGAGUCCAUUUUGAGAGCCAAAGAUUGGACAGUUGAAAAUUGGGACUCCAUUUAUGAGACAUCACCUUCUCGGUUCGUAACAGUGACAGUCAAAGAUCACACUUUCAUCAAAACAAACGAAACGGGCACCGUUGUCCUCGAACCCGAUAAAUUACAAUACAAGAUCAAUCAGUUGGUCAACAGAUUUGAAGAUAGUCGAGUAAUUGUGCGUCCAUCGGGAACCGAGCCCGUUGUUCGAGUCUAUGGUGAGUCAAGUACUCAAGAGAAAGCUGAUCAAUUAGUUGAACAUAUCGUCCAACUUGUACAAAAUUAUUCGAAAUAAUAACAAAAAAAACUUGAUCGAAAUCAAAUUCGUAACUUUUUCCUAUCCAAUAAAAUUCAUUUCCUUUAACCAGAACAA